UCCAUCAACCUUUCUGGAUGCCCCCCUGAGCAUAUAUACUUUGGGGACAUAAUGUUGGUAAGUACCCAGACUGUGCCCUUGAGAAGCUCUCUCUGUGUAAGGUAAAUGGGUGUAGAGACCAAUGAUAGGAAUGGAGGGUACAGAGAACUGGGGCUCAUAGGACAGAAAUUUCCCAGGGCAGGAGGUUGGCGAGGACAGACUCUAACAGAGGAGAUUCUGUUAGAGCUGGGUUUGAAGGAUGAGUAGGAUCCUUCUAGGCAGCCCAGGGACAUUUUUAGGCAGAGGAAACUACAUGGGUAAAGAUGAGUAGACCCAGCUUGUGUGAAGGGUUUCAAGUGUUUAAGGGUACAGACAGUCAUGGUGACAAGGGCAACUUAGAGAUUUAAGGACAAUGGUUUUACGUGAACUUCUGUAACCUUUGGGAUUAUUGAUAACACUGAUUGAGUUGUUUAUUGAUUUCCCACAAAAUAUUGACUCAAAGGAGGUCAAACUGGGAAUGUUCAUGAUGCUUUGCCAACACUCAUGGGUGUAGAGCACCUACAGGUGGAGCACCAAUGGCCCUUCUACUGGCUGUAGCUCCAGCCCCGCCCCCUCUUCACUAUAUAUAUUCCAGCCUCACUGAAUCACCGCUGGUGGGAAGGAAAGCUCCACACGCACAGGCCAGCACAGACUGCCACACACUGCUGAAAGAGAGUAGAGGAGAUUGGCAGAGGGAAAGUGGCCAUGGACCUGAUCCCAAGCUUUUCCAUAGAAACCUGGCUUCUUCUGGCUACUAGCCUGGUGCUCCUCUAUCUAUAUGGGACCUACACACAUGGACUUUUUAAGAAGCUCGGAAUUCCUGGGCCAAAACCUCUGCCUUUCGUGGGAACUGCUCUGGGGUACCGUCAGGGCUUUUGUGAAUUUGACGAGAAAUGUUUUAAAACAUAUGGAAGAAUGUGGGGGUUUUAUGAUGGGCGACAGCCAGUGUUGGCGAUCACAGAUCCGGACAUGAUCAAAACAGUACUAGUGAAAGAAUGCUAUUCUGUCUUCACAAACCGGCGGUCUCUUGGUCCAGUGGGAUUUAUGAAAAGUUCCAUUUCUCUGUCUGAGGAUGAACAAUGGAAGAGAAUACGAACAGUGCUGUCUCCAACCUUCACCAGUGGGAAGCUCAAGGAGAUGUUCCACAUCAUUGGCCACUAUGGAGAUGUGUUGGUGAGGAACCUGAGGAAGGAGGCAGAGAAAGGCAAGCCCGUCAACUUGAAAGACAUCUUUGGGGCCUACAGCAUGGAUGUGAUUACUGGUACCUCCUUUGGAGUGAACAUUGAUUCCCUCAACAACCCACAAGAUCCCUUUGUGGAAAAUACGAAGAAUCUCUUCAAAAUUUCCUUCCUUGAUCCACUUUUCUUCUCAAUAUUGCUCUUCCCAUUCCUUACCCCAAUUUUUGAACUAUUAAAUAUCUGGAUAUUUCCAAAAAAAGCUACUGAUUUUUUCACAAAAUCUAUAAAAAGUAUGAAGGAAAGUCGCCUCAAAGAUAAACAAAAGCACCGAGUGGAUUUGCUCCAGCUGAUGAUUAACUCCCAGAAUUCCAAAGAAACAGACACCCAUAAAGCUCUGUCUGAUCUAGAGCUUGUGGCCCAAUCUAUUAUGUUUAUUUUUGCUGGCUAUGAGACCACAAGCACUUCUCUUUCCUUCCUUGUGUAUGAAUUGGCCACUCACCCUGAUGUCCAGCAGAAACUGCAGGAGGAGAUUGAUGCGACUUUCCCCGAUAAGGCACCUCCCACUUAUGAUGCCCUUGUACAGAUGGAGUAUCUUGACAUGGUGUUGAAUGAAGCUCUCAGAUUAUAUCCAAUCGCUGGUAGACUUGAGAGGGUCUGUAAGAGAGAUGUGGAAAUCAGUGGUGUGUUCAUUCCCAAAGGGACAGUGGUGAUGGUGCCAACCUUUAUUCUUCACCGGGACCUGGAUCUCUGGCCAGAGCCUGAGGAAUUCUGUCCUGAAAGGUUCAGCAAGAAGAACAAGGAUAGUAUAAAUCCUUAUAUAUACCUGCCUUUUGGAACUGGACCCCGAAACUGCAUUGGCAUGAGGUUCGCGAUUAUGAACAUGAAACUUGCCCUUGUCAGAGUCCUGCAGAACUUCUCCUUCAAGCCUUGUAAAGAAACACAGAUCCCACUGAAAUUAAACACUCUAAGUAUUAUUCAACCAGAAAAACCCAUUGUUCUCAAGGUUGAGCUGAGAGAUGGGAGUGUGAAUGGAGCUUGACUUUCACUAAGGACUUCCCCUUUGUUCUUCAAGAACCUGUGUCCCAGAAUACCAGAGGCCUCCAUUUACUUUGUGAGUACAACCCAGAAAUGAAGAUGGGCUUCAUGAAGUACCUGUGUUGGAUGACUAUAGAUUCCAUAGCUUUCUCAGUCUCUGUGUGGAGCAUUAUAUCUUGUGGAGAGUAAAGGAGGUGACUAUUAAGUGCCAGACAUGUAGACUCAGCCUAUCUGGCUCCCAUAGACUACCCCCAGUUAUACCAUCUACUUCCCUAAUCACUGAUCAAGAAUAAAAAUUUCGCAACAAUUUUAUCAACAAACGUUCAUGAAACAAGAAUUUUUGUAGUAGUUGUUUACUGACAUAUCACAUGUCUCAUUUUCAAUAUUCUAUGUUAAGUAUGACACUGAUCAUGUCAAUAAACAUCUCUUUACAAAA